AUGGACGCCUUCAUCAAACGGCCUCUCGUUCGUCAGAUUCCACUGCCUGGCUUCGAAUCCUGCUCCAGGGGUGGCGCCACGAUGCACACCAACCCCUUCAGCUUCGACCUUGAUACUGCGACUCCAUAUUCGACUGCCAGCUCCUGGUCCAUCUCCGGUGGCGACAUGGGGAGGAGGACACAUCCCUUCAGCUUCGGGCACGACAUUGCUCGUCCUCCGAUCAGGUUGUCCGAUCUCUGUGAUGAUUAUUUUCCUCGGCCAGCCCAGUUCGGUCCGUUUCCAACAAUGAACGUCCCUCACAAUGAUUACGUCCCCGCCGGCGGCGAACUACCUGCGCUACCAGUACCACCCGCCGGCUUCAAUCCGACGCCGGCCUACGACGACGGCAACCCCUUUGACGCCGACGGUAGGGCUGCCCUUGCCAUGGAUGUUCCAGCACCGUGGGACCCGUGCUACGACGACGACGACGACGGCCACGUCGUCCAGCUGGGCAUCGAGGAGCCCGUGUCGUCGGUGUCCUUCGCUGCUCCGGUCUGCGACGGCGCCGGCACCCUUAACGACGACAACUCCACGGGGGCUCCUCCGAAGCUCUGCUGUCCCUAUGACGGCUUUGACGAAGACAUACAGGCCACCCUCCGGGCCCAGGAGGACGAAGCCAAGGCCAAGCCGUCCCCGGACUACCUGGAGACGACGCAGGGGGGGCGGAUGAGCCAGGACACGCGCGCCACCCUCGUCGGCUGGAUGAAACGGUUCACCCAGUGCUACGGCCUCGCCCCCGGCACGCUCCACCGCUCCGUCGCCUACGCCGACCGGUUCCUCUCCGUGCAACCGAUGGCGGACGUCGGCAUGCACCGGCUCCGUCUCCUGGGCGCUGUGGCCGUCUACGCCGCGGCCAAGUACGAGGACCAGGGAACCGUAGAGCUAUUGGACGCCGCGGAGAUCGCCAGCUACCGCCGCCGCUGCGGCCGCGGCGGCUUCCCCUCGAGCAAGGAGGAGGUGCUCGACAUGGAGCGCACGCUGCUCGCGGCGCUCGACUACCGGCUCGGCCGCCCCACGGCGUACACGUUCGUGGAGCACUUCACCCGUCACUACGGCGAGGAGGAGCUGCGCCUGGAGCUCCGCUCCUGUGCGCAUGACUUCGUGGACAUGUCGCUGUUCCACUACAGCUGCCUCCAGCACAACCCGUCUGCCGUGGCUGCGGCGGCCAUGUUCCUGGCGAGGCUGACGCUGAAGCCGACGUACGGGCAGAUGAAGAGUUGGAACAGGGAGCUCAAGGAGCUGACGGGGUACGAACCCAUAAAAUUGGAGCGUUGCGUCGAAGCAAUACACUCUCUGAUUCCUCACCAUGGUGAUGGGUCCUACGACGACGUCGACCUCUUUCCAAUGUUCUAUGCGAUUGCGGACCCAAAGUAG